AUGAGUCGUAUGUGUCUUGUCGAAGUCGAGCGCGCCCCCAAGCCAGUUGCGUCCUGCGCAUGGCCCGUCCAAGCAGGAAUGGUCGUCAAGACCAACUCACCACUUACACAUAAAGCUAGAGAAGGUGUGAUGGAAUUUUUACUAGCAAACCACCCGUUAGACUGCCCCAUCUGCGACCAAGGAGGUGAAUGCGAUUUACAAGACCAGUCAAUGAGAUACGGUGCCGAUCGAGGACGAUUCCAUGAAAUUGACGGAAAACGUGCCGUGGAAGAUAAGAACAUUGGUCCCCUUAUUAAAACGUCGAUGAACAGAUGUAUUCACUGCACCCGAUGCGUCCGCUUUGCCAACGAUAUCGCAGGCGCCCCAGAGUUUGGAACAAGUGGACGAGGAAACGAUAUGCAAAUCGGUACAUAUCUUGAAAAGACCCUGGAUUCCGAAUUAUCCGCCAACGUUAUCGACCUUUGCCCUGUUGGUGCCUUGACAUCGAAACCAUAUGCAUUUAGGGCGAGACCAUGGGAACUUAAACACACUGAAACUGUCGACGUUCUGGAUGGAUUAGGGUCGAAUAUUAGGGUGGAUUCACGAGGCGUAGAGGUUAUGCGCGUGCUACCAAGACUUAACGAUGAUGUUAAUGAGGAGUGGAUUAACGACAAAACCAGAUUCGCCUGUGACGGCUUAAAAACUCAGAGACUAACUACCCCUUUGAUCAGACGGGACAACAAAUUUUUCCCAGCUACAUGGGAACAGGCCUUAACUGAAAUUGGAGCCGCACAUAAACAAUUAGCUCCAAAAGGCAAUGAAUUCAAGGUUGUCGCAGGUCACCUUGUUGAAACCGAAUCUCUUGUCGCCAUGAAAGAUCUUGCCAAUAAACUUGGCUCCGAGAAUCUCGCCCUUGAUCAACCCGGAGGCAGUGCUCCCAUCGCACACGGUGUCGAUUUAAGGUCGAAUUAUCUAUUCAACUCGAAAAUCUACGGGAUCGAAGAAACAGAUGCCAUUCUCCUUGUGGGAACAAACCCACGCCAUGAAGCCGCCGUUCUCAAUGCCCGUAUUCGUAAACAAUGGCUUCGUUCUGACCUAGAAAUCGGUCUUGUUGGCGAAAACUUUGAAAGCACCUUCGAGUUCGAACAUCUUGGAGAAAAUGUGACGGCUCUCAAGAAUGCACUAUCUGGCCAAUUUGGAAAGAAACUAUCGGCAGCCAAGAAGCCUAUGAUUAUUGUUGGAAGUGCAGUCGCCGAACACCCUGAUGCCAAGGUUAUGUUCGAAACCAUUGGUACUUUCGUUGAUAAAAAUGCCGCCAACUUUAAUACCUCGGAAUGGCAAGGAUACAACAUUCUCCAGCGCGCUGCCUCGCGAUCAGGCGCUUAUGACAUUGGAUUCACAACUCCCUCGCCUGAGGUUGCCCAAACCACUCCAAAAAUGGUCUGGCUUUUGGGAGCUGAUGAAAUCAGCGAAGCUGAUAUUCCUAAGGGUGCUUUCGUCGUAUACCAGGGUCAUCACGGAGAUCGUGGAGCUGAAAUUGCGGAUGUCGUUCUGCCAGGAGCUGCAUACACUGAAAAAUCUGGCACAUAUGUCAACACAGAAGGCCGUGUACAAAUGACACGCGCUGCCACAUCACUCACUGGAGCUGCUAGGGAAGACUGGAAGAUUAUCAGGGCUGUCAGCGAGUUCCUUGGUGCUAAACUUCCUUACGAUGAUGUUGAGAUGUUGCGAGACAGAAUGGAGGAAAUCAACCCUGCCCUAAGAAGAUACGACGUUGUGGAGCCCACAUCCCUCAGUCAGCUGAGUAAAAUCCAGCUGGUAGAUCAAAACAAAGGAAGCAAGGCAUCUGGAGAACCGCUCAGGAAACCUAUCGAAAACUUUUACUUUACAGAUGUUAUUUCCAGAAGCUCGACGACCAUGGCGAGAUGUUCGGCUGCUAAAGAAACUGGAAACCCAGAUACUAAUUUCAUGGCUGCCGGUGAACCAGCACCUCAAUACUUCGUUGCUCAAUAA